GAGGAGGAGGAGGAGGAGGGGGGCUGGGUAUAUCGUCGUCCUCGCCGCAGUCAUCGCUUCUUCUCACCUCCCCUCCUCCCGAUUCGGCGUGGGGGAAAAUAGGUCGCGAGUUUAAGAACAAGAUGGCGUCCGACUUGGGACAAGAGCUGUCUUCUCUGCUCUCUGCCCCCUCCACCGUGCCUCCUUUGUUCUGCAACAGCAACAACAGCAAUGGCUGUAGCGACAGCGGUAUCCACAGCAACAACAGCCGUGGCUGCAAUGCUAGCUGCAGUGAUAACGUCAACAGGGACAGCAACAGCAACGACAACAGCAAGGCGGGUGUCGACGCUGCCGGCUCAGAACCUCACAGCCAAGAUGGCCGCCGCGGCCAGCACCACAGCCGCGGCAAAGAGGAGCCGUCCUACGCUGCUACCCUUGUCUCCCGUUAUAAGUCGUCUCCAAGCGCCGGUGGUCAGUCUAGCCCAGGACAGCAGACCGAAGCCCCCAACAACAACAACAACAGCAACAACAACACCACCACCACCACGACAACCACCACUACAACCACCACGACCACAGUCUUUCUUACAGCUGAUCCGCUCACUUCCUGGGCCCUGCACGCGCAGCCUGACUCCCAGUCAGCGACUAAGUCGCGGAUGCCCCUCUCCUCGUCAUCCUCAGAUCCGACGAAUAUAUCGCGACCUUCAACGGUCGUUGUAUCUUCGAAAAAUUUGUCGUCUGCCUCGAUUUCGUCAUCGCAGUCUGUCUGGAGUGUGACCUCGUCCAAAGUUUCGUCAUCGUCAUCAUUAUCGUCGUCGGCUUUGUCUGUGACUGGUGCGGGUUCUUCGAGACUGGCAACAAGCAAUGUUGGGUACCCACAAUCCCCCGCCGCUGUCCGGCCGGCCGCGUCUUCUUCGUCCGUGCCGUCUUCAUCAUCAUCAUCAUCGCCGUUUUCGUCGACGUUAUCGCUGUGUUCCGUUGCCAAGCCCAGCCCUUCGACAGUCGACCACUCUCAGCGCAGGCAGUCACAGCACAGUUCUCUGUUGCCUGUUUACCCAACCGCAACAACAGCAGCUACAGCAGCAGCAGCAUUGCCCACCCACUACCACAUUCCGCCACCUCUGUCAGCCCCAGCAACAGUGCCUAGACAUCAGCUGCAUCAGCAGCAGCAACCGCAACAACAACAGCUGCAACAACCACAACAACUGCAACAACAACAACAACAACAGCAGAUACCGCAACGACAGCAGCGACAGCAUCAACAACAACAACAACAACAACAUCAUCAGCAGAGAACCUAUGCCAACAUGAUGCAGCCCACGUCGCGACCACCACGGAUGCCUGGACACCCUCCAACCACCCCCACCCCUCCCCCGCCGCACUCGCUGCUGCAACAACAACAACAACAACUUCAACAACAACAACAACUUCAACAGCAACAUCAGCAGCAGCAGCACCACCACCACCACCAACAACAACAGCGUCCCGGUUUUGGUGACUCAGCACCCAGCUCACUGUCCCAAGCCUACAUGAGCGAUUUCCCUUCCCUCAUCCCCGCAGUCAAUCCUGACAGGGGGGAUAACUCUAGCCCUAAUCCUAGCCUCGGUAACCCUAACUGGAUCCCUCCCUACCCUAACCCGAACCCGAACCCUAACCCGAACCCAGCUGUUAACGCCGCGAGGGCUGCUAAUCAUAACCCCGUCCCAUCCUACUCGAAACCUUCCGGCGUUUCGUCAAACCCGAACCCUAACCUUAACCCUAACCAUAACCCUACCUCUAACCCUAACCCUAACCCUAGCCCUACCUCUAACCAAAGCCAACACUGGGAUAUGCAGCGACCACACCCAUCGACAUCCGUAGCGCCGACCAGACCGGAAGAGGAGGAGGGGGAGGAGAAGAAGAAGAGGCGGAGGAGGAGGAGGAGACGGACGAGAGGGAGGUCGCAAAGAGGGAAGGGAGGCGAAGAGGAUGGGGAGGAGGAGGGGGAGGGGGACUGUGGGAAGGCCAGCGACGGCUCGGCGGGUCUGGAGCGGGCCGUCUCGAGUUUGAACGUGUCCGAGUCUGUGCUGCACUUUGAGGAUGUGGAGGAGUUCCCAGAUUUGCUGACGGCGUCGUCGCGCCUGACGUCAGUGACCGGGGAUGACGUCGGUGACCGGUCUACGCUGUCGGGGACCUCCGUGACCUAUAGCGACAUCAUCAAGUCUAAAAAACCGACAAGCCCUGCACCCACCACGUUGCACUCCCGGCCCUCUACCUCUGCCACCGCCUCGUCGAAGAACACCCGCAAGGAACCCCGCGGCGGCGGGAGUGGUUCAGGGGCAGGUAACUUGCCGGGCAACCUCCUAGACUCGUCGGCACCCGUGCAGAAGCGAGGGAAGGAAAGAGAGGUGGGGCGGACGAAGAAGCCGAGUCCGCUGAAGAAAGUCAUCCUGAAGGAGAGGGAGCAGAGGAAGAGAUUGAGACUUUUGGACGAAGAUCCUGAUGGGCCUUCUAGUCUAGCUAGCGUUGGGUCUCCCGGCGUGGGCAUCGUGGGAGGGGAGAGCGAGCUGAGUCAAGACG